AUGGAACAAAGUCUGAACCAAACUAGAGAGAUUUACACAACUGGUCAGCUGGAGGGGUGUAAAGAGGCGCCAGAAUUUCUCUGAAAUAAUAAAUCAACAGAUAAUGCACCUGACGACCAAUUUUUGAUUUUUAAUGAUCAAAAAUGGUCUCAAAAUUGUGAUUGAUUUGAAAAAGAGCAUGAUUUUGACAUCGCAUUGGCCAAAUUUCAGCGUGGUUGCUCACUCCAUGUUGAGGAAGCGGUAAAGAAAUACGAGCUUAAACAACAAAAGGAUGUCGAUGAAGUCUCUUUAGACAGCAUGAACAGCUGCAGGCGGCUCCAUUCUGAAACUUCAUCCUGAUACUUUGGUUGAAAACAUGGCUUUGGAACGGAAAUAUCCCAGUCUUCAAAGGAGAUUUCAAAUGAUCAAUCUGUCAAUGCCACCAAAGUUGGAGAUUUGAAUAUGUUCAGAAAUGAAAAGGAGUUGAAAGAUCUCCUCGCAUCCACCCAGCAAAAUACAGAUAAUAUUUUCCCAUCAAGCCAAUGCUUAGGGACUUUGAAGAGAAUGAAGAGAUGGCUAAAAGAUGAAGAUAGAUGUCUUAUUCAUGCGAUUCUGAAGCUUACUAAAGAAAAUUCUUCCAUUGAAGAAGAGCUUCUUGGAAAUAUAGAUUGAAGUAAAGAUACAAGGAACCUCUGGAUAUGUAUCAAAAACUGCCUUCAUACUUCCCGUUCUAUCUAUUUUCUUCAGACGAGGUACAGGAAGCUUGUCAAGAAUCAGAAGCUGAACUCAAAAGAGGUAGCUUUGUUGGCUGACAAGUAUGAUAUAAUUCCCAUAGAGAGAUUUAUGGUCAUAUUUCCUGGUAAAACUCGAGAGACUUUAACAAAUCUUAUAUCAAAAUUAUGCUCUGAAGACACAAACAAGAAGGUUCAAUCAAAGCCUCGGAUAGGUAGAGAAUACAACGAGAAGAAUAAGAUAUGAUCUUUAGCAAAGGAGCCUGUGAUGAGCUUCAGUUCAUCUACAGAUAAGAGCUUACAAGUCAUUAUCGAUAAGUUGGACGGAUUAUCCUCCCUUCAAUUUUUGAAGAAAUUGGAUAAACUCAGUUUAAAGAAGCUAAGUUAUGGAAUUGAUCAGAUCAUUGGGGAGAUAUACCACCAAAAGUCUCAGUUGCCAAAAUCGUAA